AUGGAGAAAUCCUCCCUGCAGCGGAUCCUCAACAGCCACUGCCUCGCCCGACAGAAGCAAGGGGACAAACCUAGCGCCACCAUCCACGCCAGCCGCCCUAUGCCGCUCCUCAGCCUGCACAGCCGCGGCGGCCGCAGCAGCGAGAGCUCCAGGGUCUCCUUCGACCGCUGCAGUAACCUGGGCCCCGCGCCUCAGUGGUGCUCCUGAUGUCCCGCCACCCCACCCCUGAAGAUCCCAGGUGGGCGAGGGAAUAGUCAGAGGGAUCACAAUCUUUCAACUAAUUUAUUUUACUCUGAUAAUCGGCUGAAUGUAACAGAGGAACUAACGUCUAACAACAAGACGAGAAUUCUUAGCGUCCAGUCCAGGCUCACCGAUGCCAAGCACAUCACCUGCAGAGCGCUGUGUAGCAGCAGCAGCCCCUGUAUCGAGCUUCCAGGCGGCCCUCUAUCCGAGGGGAGUAAGGACAGUUUUACAGUUCUGCUGGAAUUUGCUGAGCAGCUCCAAGCUGACCACGUCUUCGUUUGAUUCCAUAAGAACCGCGAGGACAGAGCCGCCUUGCUCCAAACCUUCAGCUUUUUGGGCUUUGAGACUGUGAGACCAGGGCAUCCCCUCGUCCCCAAAAGCCCCGACGCUUGCUUCAUGGCCUACACGUUGGAGAGAGAGUCUUCUGGCGAGGAGUAGUGGGCCUGCCCCAUCGCCCACAGCAGCUGCCCCAG